CAAGGCGGAGCGCAGAUAUGACGCACUAGAACACAGAAGCUGUGCGCGCGGGCUCACUGGGCAGCAGUUGGAGGUUACACAAGUGAGGCGCACAAAACCACACACACAAACAAGAGUCUGCGGACGAUUAAACAUAACAACACCCCACAAAACUGUGCGGUUUCCUCCUGAACUAUCCGUUACGUUGUCGCAACCUCUGGACGACUUCGGAGACAUGCACAGGUUCAGUAAACUUAUCCAGUGGUUCAUUUAAGUCAUCUCAUAGAAGUGCAGCUGCUUAAAAGAGUAAUGGAGACUAAAGUAAAUCUUAAAACUAAGUGUGGGACUGAUCUCGAGUCUGAGAUGGAUGAGGAUAUUGAGCGAACAAAGAGCAAAUGGACAUCAGCAGAGGAUGAAAGUCUUGCAGCCCUGGUGGGGAAGUAUGGAAGGAGACAGUGGGAACUGAUAUCAUGCUCUCUACCUGGACGCACUGCGCAGGACUGUAAAUACAGAUUCACGGUUGUCUUAGAUCCUGAGCUUGUUAAGGGAACCUGGACUAAAGAAGAAGAUGAAAAGCUCAUUCAGCUGGUGUCCUUGUAUGGUGACAAGUCAUGGAGCAUAAUUUCAAAGAACCUAAAAGGGCGAAGAGGCAAGCAGUGCAGAGAGCGAUGGCACAAUCAUCUGGACCCGUCUGUCAUCAAGACACCCUGGACGGCAGCGGAGGAUCUAAUAAUCAUAAAAUGCCAUUGUUUGCUGGGAUCCCGUUGGGCACAAAUAGCAAAGUUUCUCCCAGGAAGGACUGAUAAUUCGAUCAAGAACCAUUGGUAUUCCACCUUAAAGCGUAAAAUGGAGAGGGGCACCUACAAGAUGGAGAGUCUUGAUUUGAGUGAUCUUGGACACCACCAGAAAUCCAAGGAAACAUCUACUUCGUCAAGUCCUGAAAAGUUGAAGAGCACACCAGAACCAUUGUCUAAAACGAAACCGACGAAGAGCAUGUUUUUAGAAAACAGCCUGAAGGCCAACGGUCCGCCCCUCUACAAUUGCUCCUCUUCACCCUCCAGCUCCAGCAGCCCUCCCACUGUGCCCCCUCAACAUAAAGCAUAUGUUGAUGAUGUUUUGCAAAUGAUUGCUGAGGACAUGCUACCGCUAAACUUUUGUGAAGGCUGUGGGUUUCGUAAAUUCAUGAGUUCCGUUGGCCCUCAGCACCCACAGCUCUCGCAGCAGAUGAUAGCGUCACACCUGUAUAAUGAAGUGGAGAAGACCAUCAAACCUCGGCUGAUCCGGCAGCUCAGAAACUGCAUAUCUCUGAGCGUAGGCCAUAAUGUCGUUCACGUCACUGCCGACAUCUGGGCGAACGAACACACAGAAACUCUUCUAGCCGUCCAGUUGCACUUUCUCGAUGACGACUGGAACCUUCACAGGCCUACUGUGGCUUUUCGUCACUUGUCGAGUAAAGAAUUGAAUACAACAAGAAUUGGCGAAGUUGAAUCGGUUCUGUUAAGCUACGGGCUUUUCCCCCAUAACAUUGGUUAUAGUAUGAUCCACGAAGCCAAGAACACUAUUUCUACACACGAUCUCUUCUGUGACUACAAAAUCAUGUAUUCUGCACAGAAGAACGAUCCGGACGAAGAUGAAUUAUUGCGUUUUCUUGACGAUCAGGUCGCCAUCGAUGAUUUCUCCAUAGCUGAGAUGUCAUCCACCAAACAUCUGGACUGCAUAACGACUCUGCUUCAUUGCGUAAUAAAGGGCGCAUUGAGGAAGUCAAGAGUGGUUGAGCGAAUACUUUUUGAGGUACAAAGUGUAGUGUCUUUUUUUCGCCGCAGUCCCUACUGGCUAGAUGUUCUUACCAAGAAGUGUAAGCUCUCGCUAUGCGGCUCUUACAGCACAAGUAGUCUUACCUGGAACUCUACCAUCAGUAUCAUUCGAGAGAUGAUGCAGGAGUCAGUUUGGGACACCGUGAUGGCUGUUCUGAUUCAGGCACGCACCGAGGCAAACCACUGUCACAUCUCUCCACCAGCAAUUCAUGUUGCGCGAGAGCAAGUCGUGGAUCUGGUUACCUUGCUAGAGCCUUUUGAAGAGGUGGUCCAGUUGCUUCAGGAUGAUGGCAUAACCCUGUCUCUCAUCAUCCCUUCCAUCAUCGGACUCGAUAAAACACUAGAGAUCAAGGACACAAAGUUUAGCCUCUUUUGCUCAGCCUUGCGCUGUGGACUUCGUACUUACUUCCAGCCUCUAAUAUUGCGAAGCGAUCUGUUGCUAGCCACCGUCCUGGACCCACGAAUUAAGCUGCAACCCUUCGACUGUGAAAAAGAGCAAUUCAAAAGCACCUUGCUGUUUGUUCCUUCUAAACAGCGCGUGUCUUCGGUUGUAGAGUCGGCAUUAGGGGACGCAUACACUGCUGCAGAAAUGAGCUGUGACAAAACUGCGGAUUUACAGUCGUCAAUAGUGCAGGAGCUGCAUCAUUAUUUAUCAGAACCCUUGGCGGAUGGCAGCGUUUCUUUACAGGACUUCUGGAAAGGAGCGGCACGCUUCUCUCAGCUACAAAGCGUUUGCCGGACACUGUUGGCGGUCCCGGCUUCUUCAGGAGGAUUUCGGAGACUGUUUCCUCUAGCGUCUCGUAUUGUUCGUGCUCAGAGAAGCCGGCUGCCGCAGCAUACGACAGAAAGACUCCUGCUGUAUCGAGAGUCUCUGAAGAACAGCGGCAGAAGUGAAAAACAUUGAGCUUUUUUUUCUUUUUAAAAUAACUACAAAUAUAUGAUUUUUUUAUUAUUAUUAAAAUUAUGGAGUGACUUUUCAUGAUCAUGUCACAAUAAAACUGUCAUUGUCAAGCUUCA